GGGGAGGAGGAGGAGGCCCAAGGGGAGGGAGGAGACCAGACGAGGCGGGGGGGAGGGGUAUCAGCGGUGGCGCAAGCGGCGCGCGGAGCAGCAGAGCCUGGGUCCGCUCCCCACACCGCCGCCGCCUUCCCACCCGGCGGCAGAGCUGGCGCCCCGGCAGCCCCGGAACACCUCAGAACGGACGAAGGACUCCAUGUUGGGGAACUUGGUGGUGGCGUGACGGGGACCUAGGGACUUACGGCGGGGCCACUGCUGGAGCAAGAGCCUCGACCUCGGCCUGAGAACACUUUGAUGGAAAACUGAUUACCUGACUGCUUGACCUGAAGAAUUUUACAGGAAACCCCUUUUCAAGGAGAAAUGAAGAAGAGAACUGUAUAUACCUUAAAUGUGGGAGAUCAGGAGUAUGAAGAUAUGGAAGGUGAAGAAAACAAAGAUAAUACUGCUACCACUGUUCUGUUGUACAGUGAAGCUGACAGAUGUCCUAUAUGUCUUAAUUGCCUGUUAGAGAAGGAAGUUGGUUUUCCAGAAAGCUGUAAUCAUGUCUUCUGUAUGACCUGUAUUCUUAAAUGGGCAGAGACACUGGCUUCAUGCCCUAUUGACCGAAAACCAUUCCAGGCAGUGUUUAAAGUCAGCGCGUUGGAAGGCUGUGUUAAGGUUCAAGUACAAAGACAGUCAAGAGAAACAAAAGAUAAGAUAAAUGAAAGCUCUUUUAAGAAACAGCUCUUCAGUCAUGAAAAUUCUAAAACCUGUAUGAGGAAAAAAAUCAUAGGAGAAGAUCUAUUAAGUGCAAAGUUUUAUGACUUGACGAUGCAUAGAAAAACUAAAUACAGUGAAAUGGGAGGAAAGAAAAAUGCAACAAUAAAGAUAAAGCCUCGAAGAUCAAAUCAGUGUACAAGUCAGUACUUCAGAAAUUUUCUCUCCAAUAUGUUUUCUUCUAGCAGCCACACUGGAGAAUCUUCUUUUACCUGUAGAGCUUACUGUACAGAAUUUAUAGAAGUCAAUGAAAUCAGUGCAUUAAUUAGGCAGAAGAGACAGGAACUGGAAUUGUCAUGGUUUCCUGAUACAUUACCUGGAAUUGGAAGAAUUGGUUUUAUACCCUGGAAUAUUGGAACAGAAGUCCUUCCUCUCAUCUCUUCUGUGAUGCCAAGAACUAUUUUUCCAACAAGUACCAUAUCAUUAGAGAACUUUGGUACUUCUUACAAGGGAUAUGCAUUAGCACAUACUCAAGAAGGAGAAGAAAAGAAGCAAACUUCUGGUACAUCAAAUACCAGAGGAUCAAGACGAAAACCUGCAGCAACAACUCCUACAAGGAGAUCUACACGUAACACGAGAGCUGAAACCGUCACUCAGUCUCAGAGAUCCCCAGUAUCAAAUAAUUCUGGGUGUGAUGCCCCAGAUAACAAUAAUCCACCUGUAAGUGUUUCUUCUUCAGCUGAGUCUGAAAAGCAAACAAGACAGGCUCCAAAACGGAAGUCUGUAAGAAGAGGAAGAAAACCACCUUUACUGAAAAAGAAACUUCGGAGUUCUGUACCUCUCCCUGAAAAAUCAUCUUCCAGUGAUUCAGCAGAUGAAACAGCAGAAUCUGACACACCACCUGUUUUAGAGAAAGAACACCAAUCAGAUGAAGAAAAUAGUAAUGCUUGUACUGUGCAGACAGAUGUAGAAGAUAAGUCUGCUAAUGGCUUGAAAGGUUGCAGUGAGCAAACAGAAGAAAGUGAGGAACAUACUGAGAACCACGAUACAGAGGAAAGAGUAGAAGCUUCACAUUCUGAGUCUUGUACUCAAGAAGAUCCUGUGCUAGUUGGAGAGGAGGAGGAGGAAGUUCAAAAAGUUGAGAAUACAGAUAUCAAAGCUAAUGUUUUUUGUUUAGAAAGUGAGAUAUCUAAAAAUAUUUCUGAAAAAGAAGGUGAUCCAUUAGAAAAUCAAGACCCAAUAUCUGAACCUUCAGAAUCAGAGUUAAAAGCAGAUACAUGUACAGAUCAUCCUCCAAAUGAUUUUCUCACAUGUUCAACAUCUGAAAUUGAAGUACACCAACCUAUACCAAGCCUAGGUGACUCAUCUGAGAAUGCAGAGCUGGUGGUUAGUAAGGAAAAUGUUGUAGAGGUUAAUGAAGAAGCAAUAAUAAAUGUUAAUGAUGAAAAGGUUAUAGUGAGUCCUAUAGUAGAAAUUAUUGAUCAUAAAGAUACUAUAGUAAAAGCAGAACAGCUUCUACACAGCCCAAAAUUAGAGUCUUCUGAAGACCCUGAAGGUGAAAUUAUACAAACAGUGGACAAAACAUCUGUUGAGAGCUCAGAGAUUCAGUUACCUGUGCAUGUUGAAACUGAAGAUGCAGAAAUAACUGCAGUGUGUGAUACUUCAGGGAAUGAAAAUUUCAGUAGUAGUCAAGACUCUGAAAAUAAUUUAUUAAAAAAUAAUCUUAAUACCAAAUUAGACGAAUCUUUAGAAGAAAAGACUGAGUCUUUGGUUGAACAUCCCGGAUCUACAGAAUUGCCUAACACACACAUUGAACAGAUUCAGCAGCAUUCUAGUGAAGACAAUAAUGAGAUGAUACCUAUGGAAUGUGAUUCAUUUUGCAGUGACCAGAAUGAAUCUGGAAUUGAACUGGCUGUAAAUGCUGAUGCUAAACAAUUGAAUAAAAGCUCAGCAGAGGGAAGUUCUCAAAAUAAUGUGCCAUCUUCUGAUUCUGUAAGUGAAAAGGUUGAAGUGGUAUCUCAACCAUUUGAAAGCCCAAUAGAGAUGAUAGAUAAAGCCAAAAAGCCUCGUACUCGAAGAUCUAGAUUUCAUUCCCCAUCUACAACUUGGUCUCCUAACAAAGACACUGGACGAGAAAGGAAGCAGUCUCAAUCUCCAUCCCCCAAAAGAGACACUGGAAAAGAAAGCAGGAAGUCUAGAUCACCAUCUCCCAAGAAAGAAUCCGCAAGAGGACGGAGAAAAUCUCGUUCUCAGUCCCCAAAAAAGGAUGUUGCAAGAGAAAAAAGGCGAUCGCAGUCUCGAUCUCCAAAAAGAGAGAGCACUAGAGAAGGCAAAAGAUCAGAAUCACUCUCCCCAAAGAGAGAGACUUCUAGAGAGAACAGAAGGUCUCAGUCAAGAGUGAAAGAUUCCUCCCCAAGAGAAAAAUCCAGGUCCCGGAGCAGAGAAAGAGAAAGUGAUAGAGAUGGGGCGAAGAGAGACCGAGAGAGAGAGAGAGAGAGGAGAACCAGAAGGUGGUCUAGGUCCAGAUCUCGUUCUAGGUCACCAUCAAGAUCUAGAACAAAAAGUAAGAGUUCAUCAUUUGGUAGAACUGACAGAGACAGUUACUCUCCUCGGUGGAAGGAAAGAUGGGCAAAUGAUGGAUGGAGAUGUCCACGAGGAAAUGAUCGGUACAGAAAGAAUGACCCAGAGAAACAGAAUGAAAAUACAAGAAAAGAAAAAAAUGACAUCAGUUCAGAUGCUGACUAUCCAAAUUCUGCUGACAAACAUAGAAAUGACUGUCCCAGUUGGGUAACAGAAAAAAUAAAUUCUGGGCCUGAUCCAAGGACCAGGAAUCCAGAAAAGUUAAAAAAUUCCCACUGGGAAGAAAAUAGAAAUGAAAAUUCAGGGAAUUCUUGGAAUAAAAACUUUGGUUCAGGUUGGAUGUCUAACCGUGGUAGAGGUAACCGUGGCAGAGGCACUUACAGAGGUAGUUUUGCCUAUACGGAUCAAAAUGAAAAUCGGUGGCAAAACCGAAAACCGCUCUCAGGGAAUUCAAAUGAUUCAGGGAAUGAGUCUUUCAAGUUUGUGGAACAGCAACCGUAUAAACGGAAAAAUGAGCAAGAGUUCUCAUUUGAUACACCGGCAGACAGGUCCGGGUGGACAUCUGCAUCUAGUUGGGCUGUGAGAAAGACUCUGCCAGCAGAUGUACAGAACUAUUAUUCACGACGAGGGAGGAAUCCUUCAGGUUCACAGUCUGGAUGGAUGAGACAAGAAGAGGAGACCGUUGAACAGGAUUCUAACCUAAAAGACCAAACAAACCAACAAGGUGAUGGUUCUCAGCUACCUAUAAAUAUGAUGCAACCACAAAUGAAUGUAAUGCAGCAACAGAUGAAUGCACAACACCACCAGCCUAUGAAUAUCUUCCCAUACCCAGUGGGUGUUCACGCUCCUUUGAUGAACAUCCAACGUGGUCCAUAUAAUAUUCAUCCUCAGCUACCCUUGCAUCUGCACACAGGAGUACCUCUCAUGCAGGUAGCUGCUCCUACCAGUGUAUCUCAGGGACUACCACCGCCGCCACCCCCUCCCCCGCCAUCCCAGCAAGUCAACUACAUGGCUUCACAGACAGAUGGAAAGCAGUUGCAGGGUACUCCUGGUGCUUCUCAUGUAAGUAAUAACAUGAGCACACCAGUCUUGCCUGCUCCAGCAGCAGCCCCGGGAAAUUCGGAAACAGUUCAGGGACCAAGUUCUGGUAAUACUUCAUCAUCGAGUCACAGCAAAGCCUCUGAUGCUGCUGUAAAAUUGGCAGAAAGCAAAGUAAGUGUUACAGUGGAAGCCAGCGCAGAUAGCUCGAAGACAGACAAGAAAUUGCAAAUUCAAGAGAAAGCAGCACAGGAGGUAAAACUGGCCAUUAAGCCAUUUUACCAAAAUAAAGAUAUCACCAAGGAAGAAUAUAAAGAGAUCGUACGAAAAGCAGUAGAUAAAGUUUGUCAUAGUAAGAGUGGAGAAGUCAAUUCUACUAAAGUGGCAAAUUUGGUUAAAGCCUACGUAGACAAAUACAAAUAUUCACGGAAGGGAAGCCAAAAGAAAACUCUGGAAGAACCUGUGUCUACUGAGAAAAACAUAGGCUGAAGUGGAGAGCGCUGUAGAGGACACUAUCAAGAUACCUGCCAAGUGCAAUUUCAACUAGUACCUUUAACUGAAAAUCGUACACAACUGUGAUUGAAAUUUGGUUUUGAUAAAGUUAUUUUUUUUAACAUAGGAUAUAAUGUUUUGUUCAAAAUAAAUGCUAGUUCUGCACUGCAACUUCUAUAUCCUUUCCUCCUCCCUUCUCAGUACAAGCAAUUUCAAGGGAAAGUAAAGGGGUUAAAGGAAUGUGCAUUUUUACUAGGACUAUGUCGCAGUGUGGAUACUGAAGGUGGUGUACAGCAUUUUAAUUUGGACGGUGGAGUGCAUAAAUUAGAGAUUCCUAAGUGCACUGGUUUUGGAAGAGAUGUACAUAUAAUACAUUUAUUCUGCUAGGCUAAAAAUAAAGUAUGAACUAUAUGAUUUUCCCCUCUAAUUAUAGAGAGUUAAGUAAUGUAUUACCAUGAGAAAUACUUCUAAUAACAGAACAUACCAACUGCAGGGUUCCUAAUCUGUAUUUUUAAAGCACACAUCUGAAUAAAUUGCUUAGAUAAAAAACAAAUUAUCACCUGAGUAAAAAUUCAGUGUUCAAAACUUUGGAACACUGUUGACCCAUUGUAUCACCAAAUAAAGGGUAUGCUGCUUGUUUUUCUUUGUGCCUUUUUUCCCCCUACUGAGAUGAAGCGGUUUGGCUUGCUAGGUUGACAACUUUGGCAGUAUAACUUCUUUUCUGAAUUUAGAAGACCAGUUUGGAGAAAGUGCUGACUUUGUAAAAAUUACCUCCUUUCCUAUUUCCUACCGAUGGGAGAUGAUGAAUUAACUGUGCCAACUGGAGAACUGCUGUUAAGUGGUGGUGACCCUCCCUUGGGACUAUGGUAGAAUUAUGCGUUUCACUUCAGUGGUUUUCAGGUUGUUGUUCAUCUGUCCAAUCACUAAUGAAAUUCUUUUCACACCUGAAAAAUCUCCAAAUGCUUCACAAUGAACGAAGUGUUGGUUUGGUGACCACAUGAUGGCCGCUGAACAUGUUGCAAAAGUCUAGACACGUUAACACUUGUGUCUUGGAAAGAGAGAGGAAUUAAGUCACGGAGUUUUGGUUAGGCCUUCAGGGACUAGGGAUUUGGUUGUUUUUUUUAAAUACUAGAAUAUGUUAAUUUUUAUAAAAGGUAAGUGAAAAGUGUUAUAGUGCCAUUGUUUUAAUUGGCAUUUUGGAAGAAAAAAUUGGUUGUCUUUCAUGAUAAUCUUUUAUUCUAGUAACAAUUUUCAAUAGACACCAAAUAACUGGAAAGCUGCUUAGGUGUUAGUGACUCAAGAUAGAGAGAAGCUUCAGUGAGACAGACUGGCCCUGCUACUGGCUGAACAAGCAAGAGCAAUACUCUGUAGGGCUGUGAUUUUGUGAAUAAAGAUUAUGUGUUUCUCAAUUUUCAUGUGCACAAUACUUUCCUGGUGCUAGCUUUGAUAGGCAAAAUAUUUUGAAACUAUGUUCCCAGUAAUGAUUGUGCUAGUUCAUAAUCUUUAUUAGAUUAUGAGUGUAAUCCCAAAAACUGUUAGAAAUAUUUCCAAGGAGUUUUGAUCUUUAUUCUGCAUUUCUGGGCAUUAGUAAUACAGGUAUUCUACUGAUUUGUAUAUAUUUUUAAUUAAAGUUUGUGUUUAGAUGAAGAUGGGGAAUGAAGUUUAGAAGUAUAUUUCUUCCAAUAAAAUAUUAAGACUUUUAAAUAUCAA